UUUGACAUGUUUAUUUCUCUCCAGUAGCUUGAGUGUGACGUCUCAUCUGUUGGCCGCCUCUCAGAUAUGUGCUGUGUGUGCUGGUGAGGUUCAGAGAUCAGAUAUCCGUGCAGCUGAGGAGCGGGGAACGGCGCACCAAAAACAUGAAAGACAGGAGAGAAAGUUUUCCCGCGUGGAAACUUUUGCUGGUGGGGAUGUCUGUGCUGCUGCUUCUGGGCUGUGCAGGUUUGGUUCUGCUGUGGGUUCAGCACAAGGAGCUGGCAGAGAAGCUGGUCAGGCUGGAGUCCCAGAUGCAGGAGUUGGCACAGUGCUGCAGGCGGCAAGCAGAACUGCUGCCAGAUGAACUCGGAGAGACUGGAGAGUUGAGGAAACUCCGGCGCAGCAGACGGAACCAGGAGGGAGAGCAGGACAAGAUGAUGCUGGUCACAUACUCUGUGGUUCCUAUCAAAGCCUACCUAGAUCUGUGCAACAGCUCCAGAGGAUUUUGUUUAAUGGGUCCACCUGGACCCCCAGGUGUGCCAGGCCCACCAGGACCGACGGGUGCGCCCGGCCCACAUGGCAGACGAGGACGACCAGGUCCUCCUGGUCCUGCCUGUCCUGCUUGUUGUCCAACUGAAGCAAAAAGUAGGAGUCACAGAAAUAAAUCAAAGGAUCGAGUUACAUCACAUCUAGGCGAUGAAACCAGAGACGUUCUGAAUGUUACUGGACCUGUGAAGCUUCAGGACACAAAACACGAAUCUGUAUCUUUUCAAAAAGAGGUUAUUGUUUCACUGAACGAUACCAGAACCGAAAAUGUCACACAGACACCAAUUACACCAGUGUUUCUAGCUGUUGACUCCGGUGGAAACAUCGAUCCUUCAACUGGAGGCUCAGAUGUCACUGAUAGCACAGCAACAAGUGAGUUAGUAUCGCCUCGUCCAGACUAUUUACCUGCACACCGGAUGAACACCAGCUCAGAAAUCAGAAGAGAAACGUUAAAACAUUUGACAACAGUGUCACCAACACCGAAUGUUGACCAUGAUGACAAAGAAGCCUUGAACACUACUGACUUUGAGAAACUUCAUCAUAGAAACUUUAAACCCGAAAUACCAAAACCUCAUCCAGCUGAAAAUAUCCUGAAUGGCUCAAAGUUUAAGGAACAACUAGGCACAAAACGUGAGCCUGAGUCAGAGCUGAUUUCUAAAAAUGACUGGGACUCUACAAAUGUUACAGAGGACGUUAAAUUCAUUAGCGAUGAAGUUGGUGAAGACCAAAACAAGAACACCUUUAAUGCCAGCAGGGUGCAAACGAGCUCCGAAAGUGGUCCUCCUGGUCCUCCCUGUCCUGCUUGUUAUCCAACUGAAGCAAAAAGUAGGAAUUACAGAAAUAAAGCAAAGGAUCGAGUUACAUCACAUCUAGGCGAUGAAACCAGAGACGUUCUGAAUGUUACUGGACCUGUGAAGCUUCAGGACACAAAACACGAAUCUGUAUCUUUUCAAAAAGAGGUUAUUGUUUCACUGAACGAUACCAGAACCGAAAAUGUCACACAGACACCAAUUACACCAGUGUUUCUAGCUGUUGACUCCGGUGGAAACAUCGAUCCUUCAACUGGAGGCUCAGAUGUCACUGAUAGCACAGCAACAAGUGAGUUAGUAUCGCCUCGUCCAGACUAUUUACCUGCACACCGGAUGAACACCAGCUCAGAAAUCAGAAGAGAAACGUUAAAACAUUUGACAACAGUGUCACCAACACCGAAUGUUGACCAUGAUGACAAAGAAGCCUUGAACACUACUGACUUUGAGAAACUUCAUCAUAGAAACUUUAAACCUGAAAUACCAAAACCUCAUCCAGCUGAAAAUAUCCUGAAUGGCUCAAAGUUUAAGGAACAACUAGGCACAAAACGUGAGCCUGAGUCAGAGCUGAUUUCUAAAAAUGACUGGGACUCUAAAAAUGUUACAGAGGACGUUAAAUUCAUUAGCGAUGAAGUUGGUGAAGACCAAAACAAGAACACCUUUAAUGCCAGCAGGGUGCAAACGAGCUCCGAAAGUGAUCGAGUUACAUCACAUCUAGGCGAUGAAACCAGAGACGUUCUGAAUGUUACUGGACCUGUGAAGCUUCAGAACACAAAACACGAAUCUGUAUCUUUUCAAAAAGAGGUUAUUGUUUCACUGAACGAUACCAGAACCGAAAAUGUCACACAGACACCAAUUACUACAGUACAACCAACACGAGAUUCAGCUAAUGUCACCACAGAUGCUUUUAUAGUUUCCGGCUCAUAUGAACGUCCAGAUGAAAAGAUACAACCUGAGCCAGAGCCAUCUGAUGAAGGUGAAAUGGUGACUGUAGAGAAUUCAGAGAGACCAAUAAAAUUAUUACACGGUCCAGUUGAUACCUUCAAUGAUAGCAGAGGACAGGUCAUCACUGACACAAGCUUCAAAAGUGAAACAUCAACACAACAUUCAGUUAACAGCACCAAAAGCACCUUAGAUAUUUCUGAGUUUUACAAUCCUCCAAAUAAAAAAUUGGAAUCGGAUCCAUUACCUUUUCAAGAUGACAACAAUGGGACUCUGAAUGAUUUGGAUGGUGGAAAUGCAACAUAUGUGCCAUUAAAACUAUUUCCAGGAUCGAGUGAAACCAACCGAAGCAGCAAAACCUUCACUUCCGACCCAGUCACGAAUGAAACUAGAGUAAAAAAUGCUUCACCUUCUGCUGAUGACAGUCAGAGAAGAAACUCUUUGAACGGCAGCAGAAACAUUGUAGACAAACCAAUGAAAAGUGAGUCUUCCCAACGUGUCCCAACCUACAAGAAGAGCAAUGGAACUGACAAUGAAAAAAUGACAAAAAAAGGUUGCAACAUUAACGCCAUCAAAUGUUCAGAUAAGUCUAUUAACAUGCAACUCACCUUCGGAGCCUGGAUGUCGGAUGCAUCCCGGCCUGAUGAUCGGAUCUGGGUGGCAGAACAUUUUUCAGGUCGUGAAUUGAAGCAGUUGAAGAACAUUUCGGACACCAAGCAGAAAUUUAUAGAUAUUGAGAAGUACUACCAAGGCUGUGGUCAUGUUGUUUAUAAGAAUUCAUUUUACUUCCACAAUGGAGGAACAAAUAAUCUUUUGAAGUUUACCUUGAACACAAAGAAUACAAGCUCCCUGGAAAUGCCAAACAGCAAAUAUAAGGGCCUGAGAUAUCUUUUCCACAACUCAAAGACUUAUUUCAAGUUUGCUGUGGAUGAAAACGGACUGUGGGUCAUCUUUGCCUCGUAUACAGACAGUAACACGAUGGUGGCAAAACUGGACCCAGACGCUUUCUCUGUGCUGUCCAUAAUUAACACUGGCUAUCCUUCAGCAAAAGCAGGGAAUGCCUUCAUUGUGUGCGGGGUGGUGUAUUUUACUGAUAACAGCGACAAGCGUGUGACAUAUGCCUUUGAUUUGAUGACACAGAGUUAUCUGGAUGCAAGUUUUGAUUUAAGGGCAGGAGACGGUACCUUAGCUAUGCUGUCCUAUUAUCCCAACAAAAGACUGUUGUACAUGUGGGACAACAAAAGCACGAGAACAUGUAAGAUUAAAUUCAAGAACACCUAAAAAAGUCUUACAAGUUCCCUAUUUUUAUAAAAGUGCUUUAAAAAUAAAAUCGUAAUUUUUUUUUCUGUUUUGCAACUGUUGAAGUAUUGAGCUUUUUGCUGACAUUAGCUCACUGAUGGCGACAUCUCAUUCUCCUUGGAUUACGAAGCACGGCCAGAUACUCACAGAGAUUGUCACAACAAGGUGUGUUGAAACUGAAAGAGUUCUUAAGCAUAAACAAGAUCAAAUUAUAAUUUGAGAAGUAUUUAAAACAAAAAUAUAUUAAAAGCACAAAUCAGAACAAAAAUGGAGAUUAGAUUUAUAGAAGAAUAGAGAAUAAAUACAUGUUUGUAACCAUCACAUUUCUCUCCCAGAAAAAGUUACUCAAGAAAAUGUAACUGAGUAUAUACAAUUUACUGUUUUUCUCUGAAUUCAGACCAAAAUGUUUAAACUUCAGUUUUCAGCAGUGAGAUUCUUUUUGUGCCACUUCUAUAAGGGACCUGAUUUCUGGAGCACAUAAAUAUAAAAUAAAAUAAAAAUAAAACUGUG